UACCUCAAAACCACUAGUAAUGCUGCAUUAUUUAUACGCAUCUACAUAUACCUAUAUUUUCCUCAUUUUGUUCACGUCUCACUCAAACAUGGACACACUUGUUUUCUUCGUCGGCGUCAUAGGGAAUGUAAUCUCAGUUCUUAUGCUUCUUUCUCCGGGGAAGACGUUUGUUCGAAUAGUGAAGAAGAAAUCGACAGAGGAAUUCGAGAGCCUUCCAUACAUUUGCACGCUCCUCAACUGUGAGCUUUGGACUUACUAUGGAAUCAUCAAGCCUGACAGCUAUCUCGUUGCCACCAUCAAUGCUUUUGGAGUCGUGGCCGAGAUCACAUACAUCGCCUUGUUCCUCAUCUUCGCCCCCCCUAACUCUAACAAACGCCUUAACACAGCAUUACUUGUGGGAAUAGUGAAUGUUGGAUUUGUAGCAUCAACCUUUUUAGUAACGUGUUUUGUUUUGGAUGGAGAAGACUUGAGGAUUGAUAGCAUCGGAUUCCUAAGCGCAGCCCUUAACAUCAUCAUGUACGCUUCACCUCUUUCUGCCCUCAAAACAGUGGUGACAACAAAGAGUGCCGAGUUUAUGCCCUUUCUUCUCACAUUUUUUCUAUUCUUGAAUGGUGGGAUUUGGACUUUCUACGCUUUUCUUGUGCAAGACUGGUUUCUUGGAGUUCCAAAUUCAAUUGGAUUUGUGUUGGGAGCUCUGCAGCUGCUGCUUUAUGCCAUUUACAGAAACCCUACAAAUUCAGAUGAAUUUGAAACUAAUCAAAUUUCUCAAACAGAAUCCCUCCUUCCACGUUCUUCCAUCUGUUGACUUGCACUUCAUAUCUCUAAUUUGUAUGAGAGAUUAAAUUUUAGAGUCCCAUUUUAAUUUGUUGCAUAUUUGCUAUACAUUUUGUGAUUGUAAGACCGAGCAUAUACCAACAAAGACACAUUUUUAUUUGAUUGAAGAUAUUUUAUUUUAUGGGGGCAGACGAUUCCCAAACUAUUAUCAUUUUUAUGAACAA